ACUGCGUUUAAAGUUUUCUUCGAGUGGAGAGAAGGGUGGACAGUGCAGAAAGGAGGGUCUGAAGGACAGAAAUGGCUUUUCGGAGAAGGAACAAGAGCUACCCAUUCUUCAGUCAAGAAUUUCUCAUUCAGAAUCACGCAGACAUCGUCUUUGGCUUGGUGGUGUUCAUCCUGCUUGGACUGAUGUUUGAGACAACUUCAAAAACGGCCUUCGUAUUUAUACUGCCUCAGUACAACAGCAGUACCUUUACACCAGAGGGGGAGGUGUCGCUAUAUCGCUAUGGAUGGAGGGACUGCACCACCAUCUUCUUCUACUUCCUCAUUGCAAUCAUCCUCCAUGCGGUGGUUCAGGAGUAUGUACUUGAUAGAGCAAACCGGCGUCUCCGUCUAUCAAAGAGUAAGAACACAAAGUUUAACGAGUCAGGCCAGCUGUGUGUAUUUCACCUGCUGUCCUUCAUGUGGACGUUCUACAUCCUUAUCACGGAAGAAUAUCUUCUAAAUAUCAGCAGUCUGUGGGAGAACUACCCUCAUGUUUACCUCAGGUUCCAGGUGAAGCUUUACUACCUCUUCCAACUGGCAUACUGGCUCCAUGCCUUGCCUGAGCUCUACUUUCAGAAGAUCCGGAAGGAGGAUGUCCCUCGACGGCUACAGUACAUCUUGUUGUACCUGCUGCACAUCCUGAUGGCGUAUCUACUGAACCUGACCCCCGUGGGGCUGCUGCUGAUUUUUCUGCAGCACCUGUCCGAGACGGGCUUCCACACCUCCCGCCUCCUCUACUUCACUGAUGAGAGCCACCACAGGCUGUUUGACAUGUGGGCAGUGGGCUCUGUCUUCACCCGCAUGGUCACCCUCACCCUGCUCUUCUUGGUGCUGGGUUUUGGGCUGGCGCGAGUAGAGAACCAGAGUGUGGACUGGGAGGCUGGGAACUUCAACACAGUGCUGGUUAGGCUGACGGCGCUGUCGAUAGUGUGCCUGACGCAGGUCUGGCAGCUCUGGAAGUUCAUCCGCUUCCAGCUGCGGCGAUGGCGGGAGCGAAGGCAGGAGCAGGCGGCACGCAAGAGGCUCACAGGCCAGCAGCCUCCUCGGGUGCUCAGGAAGGACGCUGGUGGGCAGUACGAUAAUGGUGCGGUCAAGGCAGAGAACGGGGCCUCUCCACGACCCAAGAAGAUCAAGGUCCCCUAACCGAGCACCUGGGCUCCAUCCCCGGGCUACAGAAUCGCCAGCAGAACAGGAAAAUUGCUAAUGGUCAUCGUGCUCUUGCCCGGAGCUCUUGAGUAUGGGUGCUGAAUGCCUGGGGACAGGGGUGUCCCGUUCAGGAACAGCACGUGGGAAAUUCCUGAGCCUUGAAGGACGUUCUCACUCAUGUUGAUACUCCUUAAUUGCUGACUGUCUUCUCGGCUUCCAGUCCAGUUUUGUUUACACCUUGAUCGUCCUCCUAGAAAAAUACACCUUUUUUUUACAUGUCGUCUCUAAUAAGCACCAAACACUUUCACCUCAUUUAGCCACGUCUCUAUCUUAGCCUAAAACCGGAAAAUCAGCCUUGGUUUUCAGUCAUAGGAUAAAGUUUUGGUCCCCAGCUUCUCUCUGGGGGGUGGGGGUGGCAGUUUGAGAUGCUGGGCAUGGAGACCUCAGUCCUCAGUCAUCAAUCAAGGCCAUCUAAGAACCAUCUGAGGUCAUUUUAGGGUCACCUGGGUCAUUCCGGUCUCCUGCUGUGAGUUUCCAUUUGUCUCUGCAGCACUAGCGUACCCGGUGUGUCUGACCCUAUAUUACCUUCAUCCACAGGAAAGCUCACUGUGGGUCAGGUGAAGGUAACAUCACAUGCUUUUUACUCUCUGUAAAGGGCGAUAAGUUUAAGGAUUGUGCGUGCAUGAGGCCUGUCACCCAGAGUACAGACUGCUCUUUCUUUGAGUUUCACUGAAUGCAGACUGAACAGUUCCAGCAAACCCCAACAUUAGACUGUAGACGUAUUUAACUGCUUGUACGGAAGGACAGUUCCGAUUUUGAUGAGGUCAUAAUGGCUGUACUGUGGAAUAAAAGGGCACAAAAGCAAA